UCACUUCUGCAAACACUUCAGUGUCCACCCUCACUUUCUCGUCUUCAAUGGAAGGAAAAGCACGAAAUGCUCCUGCUCUCCUUUUCUUUUGCUUCACCUACUUUUUCCUUUCCCUCUCCACUACCACUCUCUCGACUUCACCGCAGUUCCAAACCCUAACCGUCAACCCCCUCCCUAACAAGCCCACUCUCUCAUGGGCGGACACCGAACCCGAAUCCGAACCCGAGACUCAAACCCUCACCGACUCAACCUCAACAGAUGCCUCCACCACCACUUCCCUUUCCGUACAGCUACACCAUUUAGAUGCCUUGUCUUCGGACGAAACCCCACAAGAUCUAUUCAACUCGAGGCUCGCACGUGAUGCCUCACGUGUCAAAUCCUUAACUUCUCUUGCUGCAGCCGUUGGCAGCAGAAACAGGACUCGUGCUCGCGGCCCUGGGUUCAGUAGUUCUGUAACAUCAGGACUCGCUCAAGGGAGUGGCGAGUACUUCACGCGCCUCGGUGUAGGGACACCAGCAAGAUAUGUCUUCAUGGUGCUCGACACUGGAAGCGACGUCGUUUGGAUCCAGUGUGCUCCGUGCAAAAAAUGUUACUCUCAAACCGACCCGGUUUUUAACCCGGCUAAAUCCAGAUCCUUCGCCAACAUCCCCUGCGGGUCACCCUUGUGUAGGAGACUUGAUUCUCCAGGUUGCAGCACGAAGAAACAGAUUUGUCUCUAUCAGGUCUCGUACGGCGACGGGUCCUUCACUUACGGUGAGUUCUCAACCGAAACGCUGACGUUUCGAGGCACUAGAGUUGGACGUGUGGCGCUUGGUUGUGGGCAUGAUAAUGAAGGGCUUUUCAUUGGUGCUGCUGGGUUGCUGGGACUUGGAAGGGGUAGAUUAUCAUUUCCUUCCCAAAUUGGUCGCCGGUUCAGCCGGAAGUUCUCUUAUUGCUUGGUGGACCGGUCUGCUUCUUCUAAACCGUCUUAUAUGGUUUUUGGCGACUCGGCCAUUUCAAGAACCGCUCGUUUCACUCCAUUGGUGUCCAACCCGAAAUUAGACACCUUUUACUAUGUUGAGCUUCUUGGGGUUAGUGUUGGUGGGGCGCGUGUCCCUGGGAUCACAGCUUCUUUAUUCAAACUUGACUCGACAGGGAAUGGUGGAGUUAUAAUUGAUUCGGGCACGUCAGUUACCCGGUUGACCCAGCCCGCUUAUGUGGCUUUGCGGGAUGCUUUCCGGGUCGGAGCAUCCAAUUUGAAACGGGCAUCGGAAUUCUCAUUGUUUGACACGUGUUUUGAUCUAUCUGGGAAGACAGAGGUGAAGGUGCCAACGGUGGUUUUACAUUUUAGAGGUGCUGACGUAUCAUUGCCGGCGUCGAACUAUUUGAUACCAGUGGACAAUAGUGGGAGUUUCUGCUUUGCGUUUGCGGGUACAAUGAGUGGAUUGUCGAUAAUCGGGAAUAUCCAACAACAAGGUUUCCGGGUUGUAUACGACUUGGCGGCCUCACGGGUCGGAUUUGCUCCCCGUGGAUGUGCUUGAGUUGUGUUGCGUGCAUUUGGGUAGUUACUACUUCUACUAUUAUUACUUUCCGUUUUGGUAAGGGAUGAAGGUCUUUCCCUACCCUUUUUAUUUAUUUUUCUUUUUUUUCUCUAAAUCAUGGCAAAAAAAAAACAUCUUUUCUUGGAUUUUAAUCUGAGGAGAAAGAGGGGAGAUAAAUUUGGGAUGAUGUGGGUUGUUGAUUGGCUAUUUAUCGUUACUCAACCAUGCUUCCUCUAACAGCAGAGCACAAUGUUUCAUAUAAGCUCAAGCUUGCUUUUAGCUUGAAUUCGCUUGAAAAAUAACUUGUUUAGAAUUCAAAUGCAGAAUUGAUCUUAAUGCAAACUUGAUUUCACAAAUUAUCAUGAAUGAUAAAAGAAAGCCAUCUUCAAUUGUUA